AUGCACUCUCACCCCACAGUGCAAUUUACAGAACCACCAGUGACUGACAUCAUUGAAAUGGACAUCGACGACGGUGGUCAAGCACAAUUGUCAACAAGCUCAACAGAUCUGUGGAUGGGAGAGGAAUGGCCGAUGUUCGAUGACUUGUAUCUUGGGCUGGACGAUGAGGUGGAGUAUGAAUCCAUGCCCCUGCACAUCAGUCGGGAGCUAUAUCUCAGCCCGGAAGACGACUUCAAUGGUGGGAUUGGUGUGCCCGAGCCGUCCCACCGCGCAAGCAGUGAUCCCCCAGGCCAAGCCAUCAGUCCAGCACUGUACCUUGGGCCAGAAGAGAUGUCCGAUGAACCCAUGGAAUAUUUGAAUCCACCCAAUGCUGACUGCCUUCCGGCACCUCCAGUGCUCGACAACGAAGAGCUCCAAGCUAUGGUUCGGGAGUUCCGGCCUUUUGGGUCAUAUCAUGAUGUGGGAUCUCCUGGAGGCAGAGCGACCAUUUUGAACUGCUUGGGCAGAGACAUCCGACAAGCUGGCACGGGCCGAUCGGGAGCUUCGAAGGAUGCAGAGGGCCGAGUGGGCAAGCAUUGA